AUCAUCAUCAUCACCACCAUCUUCAUCAUCAUUUUAUAAGAUUUCAGUUAAGCCAUGGCUAAUCUCUUUGGUACUCCCCCUGCCGAAUUUAAAAAUAUAUAUUAGGUGUACAUAUAUACCUUCUCCCCUUCCCUGCCUUUCCUUUUCUCAGAGGGUUCUACGUGACCCUGAGCAAACCAGUCUCUAGACCUUUACUGCAGGGAGCUAGUGAGCCCGCUGGGAAGGACAGGCUCUGGGAGGGGGCUGAAUGGACCUGCCUCCAACAGCCUGUGCAGAAACCAGGGCAAGUGGGUGAGGUAGAUGAAAAUGCUGAAUGCCCUCUUAAAAAUCACACCUCCUCCGUUUCUGUGCGGGUGAGCAGGCGAGCAGCACGCUUGGGAGCUUGUCAGGUCACCAUGGCCCUGGCGCCUCCGACGGACAUGGUAGUCUGCAGCUGUCUUCUACCUGCUCCCCACUUUGCUCUCUGAGUUUGGGCUCUUUUAGACAGUGUGGCUUUAGGAUGACACUUAGAAUAAAGGAAGGACAGGUGUAGUUGAGAAGGGAGUUUGUAGGGGUGUUUCCAUGUGACCCAGCCUGUCAAACAGUGACAGUUCCUUGCCUUGUGCUUUGAACACUUUGUUCAUGCCUUUUUCUUCUUGCCUGGCCGUUCACCUCCUCAGUUACUGUGUGUGUGGGCCGCGGGGAGCCUGGGCUGGGCUGGGGCUACCCUGAGGACUCACUGUGGAGGCGGGAGGCGGGUGUGUAGACUUGUUUCCUGUCACUCUGUAGCAAAGUACUGCAAAGUUGGUGGCUUAAACUAACAAAUUCACUCUCCGUUCUGGAGGCCAGAUGCCUGAUAGGUCUCACUGGGUUGAAAUCAAGGUUUUGUCAGGGCCCAUUCCUUCUGGAGGCUCUGGGGGAGAGUCUGCCCCUGCUUCUUCAGACCCUCUGCUCUGUCUCCAUGUCUCCUUCUCUGUGUGUCUGAUCUCCUGCCUUCCUUUUAUAAGGACACAUGUGAUUGCAUUUAGGGCAGUAAUAGGGGAUAAUAUCCCCACCUCAAGAAGCUUAACUUAAUUACAUCUGCAAAGACACCCCCUCCACAUUUUUGCCAUAUAAGGUGACAUUGACAGGUCCCAGGAAUUAGGACAUAGAUGUAGUUUGGGGGACCAUUUUUCAGUCCACCACUAGGGCCAUGAACCAAGGGAUAUUAGGAAGGGCAAGAAAACAGAUUACCCUCAGAACCUCCGGAAGGAACACGGCUCUGCUGACACUUUUGAUUUUAGCCCAGUGAGACCCGUGUCAGACUUCUGACCUCCAGGACUCUAAGAGAAUAAAUGUUUGUAGUUUUAAGCCAUGAAGUCUGUGGCAUUUUGUUAUAGCAGGCCUGGGAAACAGACCCCUAAGCCCAGGUUUGGGGGUUGGACACAAGGAUCCAGGAGUAGAGUGCUGGGUGGCAUGUUUAUUGGAGGCAGAGGCCCAGUUGGGAGCUUUUUCCACCCUCUCUGUGGCCUCACUGUUUCUCAGGAGAGAUACACCUGCCCCAGUCUCACCUUGCACCCCCGGGAGCCUGUGUUCCUGGCGCAGACCAAUGGCAACUACCUGGCUCUCUUUUCCGCUGUGUGGCCCUACCGGAUGAGCAGGAGGCGGCGCUACGAAGGGCACAAGGUAGAAGGCUACUCGGUGGGCUGCGAGUGCUCCCCAGACGGUGACCUGCUGGUGACGGGCAGUGCCGACGGCCGGGUCCUGCUGUACAGCUUCCGCACUGCCAGCCGGGCGCGCACGCUGCAAGGGCAUGCCCAGGCUUGCGUGGGCACCACCUUCCACCCUGUGCUGCCCUCUGUCCUCGCCACCUGCUCCUGGGAGGGCGACAUUAAGAUCUGGCACUGAGCCUCCUCGUUCAGAGCCUCCGGAUGCCGGCCGGCCCUGGGCUCCCAUUCCUCCUUGGGGUGGGUGGGUGUGAGGAAGCACUGAGGUUGCCUCUGAUCAAAGCUGGGUGGAGGCUACCUCCACCACACUCUGAGCCUCAGUUUCCACAUCUGUAAAAUGGGGACAGAGAUCUGUUUGCCUCAGGGUUGUGAGGACCGCAUUAGCGGAAGUGCCUGGCAGGUUGUUGGUGGUGCUCAAUAAACAUGAGUGUUUUGCUAUUU